CUCGAGUAUACAAACCAUGGAACUUCAAACCAGGAAACGAGUUUUCGCUACUUGAAAAUUGGUCCAUUGACCCGUUGACCGCUUGCAGCGUCAUAAUGACCGGCACAUCACUGUAUACAUAACAACAGCUGUAUAAACAUGGCCAGCAUGGAGGCGUUGCUGGACGCGGGGGUUGCCGGCCCAGUUAACGCUGGGGGCCCUGGCGAGAAGGACCUUCUUGCGGCCGCAACAGCAUUCUUCAAAUGGCGUCAGGCGGCGCUCAAGGCCAACUUCCGGCGGGAACUGGAAGGUAUUCUGGACGAGGUUGCGCAGGAGGAGGAGACAUCUCAGCGCGUACAGAAGCAGCUCCAGCGGACGCAGGAGAGGUUAGAUGAGGCCACGCAGGCAAUGUCAAAGGUGUCCAACGAUCACCGCUUGGCGCUGGUGCAUAUCGACCAGCUGCGAACCCAGAAUGACGAGCUAUUCAAAGCACUGGAGGCAGCAGAGGGCGCAUCCAGGACGCAUGCGGAGCAGGCGCGGGCCGCCAGCAUCAUGCACCAAGAGGAGUCAAAGCGACGACAGGACGAGUCGAAGCGGGCCGCGCUGGAGCUGGAGUCGGCCAAGGAGCAGAAUGCGGUGUUGGUGGCGCAGCAGCAGGUUCUGCUGGAGCAGCUGGCCACCCGGGACAAGGAGGUAGCUGAGUCUAGCUCGGAGGCGCUGCACCACAAGCGGGACGCCGCUCGGCUGCAGGAGGAGGUCGAGCGGCUGGAGGCGAUUGCCCGCGCAACCGGCGAGCGCGCGGCGGCAGCGGAGGCACAGGCCGCGGCGCGCAACGACCAGAUUAACAAGCUGUAUGCGGAGCUCAAUACACUGCGGGAGCGGUACCACUCGGAGCUGUCAGAGCUCAAGGCAGCGCGGAUCGGCGCCGCGGAGGUCACGCGAAUGCGCGAGCGGAUGGACAGCCUGCAGGGCACCAACGACUCACUCGUAGCGGCCAGGGACGAGCUGCGCGCCUCUCUGGAGGGUGUCAUGGCUAAGCUGACGGCGGCAGAGCAGCGGCUGAAGCGCCAGGCGGUGGCGGCAACCAUGCGGGAGGACAUCAUCGAUGCCAUCACCACCGUGGGCCGCGAGCUGACGCGCGACAGCAACGAGAGCCACAUGCUGCAGGCCACCACGCGGCUGUCCAGCGAGCUGGACCUGGCGCUGGCCAACAACGCCGACCUGGCGGAGCGCCUCACAGCCUCGGAGGCGGUCAUUGCGCAGCAGCAGGGCGCGCUCAGGCGACUGACGGAGGAGUGCGCCCAGAAGGAGCUGCUGCUGCGUGAGAGCCGCGAGCACCGCGACGAGCAGCACCGCAUCAACGCCGAGCUGGCGGCGGAGCUGCAGCGGCUGGCGGCGGAGGCGGCGCUGGGGCCCAUUCUGGUGCUGGACAAAAACGGCAAUCUGGUGCCGCAGCAGUCUCCGCUGCCAGUGCCGCCCUCCGCCACUGCGCCCGCAGUGUCGCAGCUGGAGGCGCAGUCCACGGCGGUGCGGGUCAUCCUGGCAGACAAGGCCUUCGGGCUGGGCGCGCUCAUACACGCCAUCGCCGCCAAGCCCGGCUCUGUGCAGUCUGUACGGGCGCAGCUAGGCGAGUGCCGUGCGCUGGCGGAGCACCUGCGGGCGGAGGUGGAGGACGUCAGCGCGCUGCUGGCAACGCGGCCCUUCGAAGCCGAGGAGCUAGCGCGCAAGCUGCCACAGCUGCAGGACCGGCUUGCCAAGACGGAGUCGUGCAUGGUCGCCUCGCGCGAGGACCUGUCGCUCAAGCAAGUGCACGCCGUGGGACUGGAGGCGCGCGUGCUGCAGGCCGAGUCCGCACUGCGCGCCGGCUCGUCGCUGCUGCAGGGCUGGCAUGGGCUGCUGGCCGAAGUGGCGGCGGCAGAGGACGGCCGCCUAGAGCCGGACGUGCGCCUGGGCCUGAGGGAGGAGCUCAAGACGCGGGAGGACUCGCUGCACCGCGCGCUGCUGGACCUGGCCGCCACCGCGCCCGCACUGCUGAGCGGCGACCCGGGGUACGCGGGCGCGCAGGUGGCCAUGCGCGAGGCCAGCAACGCCAUGAUGGAGCUGGCGCUCACGCUGGGAGACAGGCUGGUGGACGCGCCCGCCACACGCACUCGGGUGCUGGCCACCGAGGCACUGCUGCUGGACCGCGCCGGCGUGCUGGCCCGCUUCCGGGAGGUGCUGGCGGCGGCGCCCGGCGAGAUCGCGGACAUGGUGGAGCGGCUCACAGCCAUCAUCCCCGACGUGCAGUGCAUGGGCCCCGCCAUCGAGGAGAUGUUGCGCUGCGUGCAGCACUACAUGGCCGCGGGCAAGGCGGAGGUGGUGGACGUGGUGGCGCUGCAGGGCGAGGUGCUCAUGCUGCGGGGGCUGGUGCGCACCAAGGACCUCACCAUCCAGUCGCUGGAGGCGGUGGGCACCGGCAUACGCACGGGCUCGCCCACCAAGCGUGCGCUCAAGAUGGUGCCGUUGGAGGCGCUGCACGCGGCGGAGGCGGCGCGCAACGCAGUGGCGGGCGAGAAGGCGGCGCUGCAGACACGCAUGGUAGACCAACGCGUGCGGCUGGUGGCGGCGCGGCACCGGCUGGUCAACUACAUGGCGUCGCUACGCAUCGCCUGUGAGACGGCCGAGGUGUUCUACAAGUGGCGCACCGCGGCGGCUGUCAUCAAGGCGGAGCGGUGCUACGAGGAGAUGGUGGCGGCCCAAGCGGAGCAGGCGCGCGUGGAGAAGGAGGCGGAGGAGGAGAAGGCCCGCAUGGAGGCGGAGGCGGAAGCGAUGCGCACGGCCCACGCUGUGGAGGUGUCUUCCCUCAACGCCGCGCACGAGGCGGAGGUGACCGAGCUCACCACCAAGCACACCGCAGAGGUGACGGCCUUGACGACAGCACACGCGGAGGAGCGCCGCAUCACCCGCGAGCAGGCGCUGCAGGCGGCCGAGACGCGCGUCAAGGUGCUGCGGUUGGUCAUGAAGGAGAAGGCCGCACGAUGGCGCGAGCUGAUGGCGUACUCGGUCAUGUACCACUGGCGUCACCGUGUGCGGCGACAGGUGGGGGCCCGGCAGCGCUGGCGCAAGUGGUCGGACCGGCUGCGCGCCCUGGAGGAGCCGGACAACCCCACCUACCGCGACAUCCUGUACGGACCCCGGUUCACGAUCGCGCGCCGCCUCGCCAUCCGCCGCCGCGACCCGGGAGACCUACUCACGCCGCAGGCGCGCACCGGCGCCGACGUGGCACGCAUGGUGCUCAAGGCUUGGCGCGGCUGGGCCUACAUGAAGCGCCAGCUCCACAAGGUGGAUGCGCUCACGGAAGCGCUGCCCGACUUCAUCGAGAACAUCGGCAACCGCCGCCGCCUGGAGCGGGCCUGGCUGGCGCUGCGCCUGUGGACGGCAGGCUGCGCCACCAAGCGCGCGCAUGAGGCCAUUCGCGACUACGAGAACGCGGCGGCGGAGGCGGACGCGGCCAAGACGGUGGCCGAGAGCGCGCUGGUGCAGCUGCGCGACGAGCAGGAGCAGGCGGCGUUUGCCGCCGCAGACGCUGCGGCCCAGGCGGGCGGCCUCAUGGCCAUGGGGCACGACAUGGGCGUGGGGCCAGGCGGCGGCAUGUACGGCGGCGGCAUGAUGCACGCCACAGAGGUCGGCACGCAGUACAUGCCUAAUGUGCACACCGUGCUCAGCGCCGGCGGCACGGCGCCUGCACAUAGCGCGGCCGAGGAUGCGGUGGCGGCGGCCGCGGCGGCGGGUCUGGGCGUCUCCGCGGUGCCCAUCAAUUCAGCCAUGCAGUACCACAUGCUGUCAGAUGGAGGUGCUGGCGGCGGCUACAUGUCCCUGGGCGGUGCACGCACUGGCGGCUCUGGCGGCCUCAACAUGGCCACGUGGGGCGACCUGACCAACGCCGGCGGCGCCAUGCCGCCCCCAGCUGGGCCCUCCGAGGCCGCCCUGAUCGCGCAGCGCCGCCUUACUGCGCCGGGCGGUCAGUACGGCAGUGACCAGGAGGAGUUGUACGGCAGGGGCUACGGCCGACGUGGGGGGCGCCUCCCACCGUCAGGUCCGCACAGCCGCCGCGCGACAGGCGGCGGCCGGCCAUCGGGCGAUGGCGGCGGGAUUAACCGCCGCUCGUCAUCAGGCAUGUCCGCGGUGGGCGGCCUGACGGAGCGUGCAGAGCGGCUGGUGCGGGCGGUGGAUGCCAUCGGGGCGGGUGUGGCGGACACGGCCGCGCUGCUGAGCCCGCGGACCAAGGUGCUGCAGGCGGACAACUCGGCACCCGAGCUGGGUACGGCAAUGGAUGACCUGAUGGAGCGGCCGCCGCCCAUCUCGCCCGCACGCCGCAUUCAGACCGACGGCACCGUCGCCAUCGAAUACCUCAACCAGGCGUCGGACGGUGGCGCCAGUGGUGCGGUGUCCAGCCCGCCGGGCAGUCCCUCGCGUGCGCAGGCAUUCAGCGGUGGCGGCUACGCGCCGGCGCCGGCGCCUGGCGCAACCCUGUCUGCGCCUGUCCCCGCGCUGGGCUACGCUGCGCACUCCUCGGACCACCUGCGCCAGCCGCAGCAGUCUGCUCCGCCGGCGCUUGCGGGUGCACAAGCGCGCGUGCGCUCUGCGCGUACCUCGGGCUCCGGGGCGGUUGCAGCGGCACCCGGCAGCGGCAUUGCGGCCGGGGCAAACAGCGUUCAAGUGCUGCUCAGUCGCCUCCCAGGCCGCAAUCGGCCCAUCCGUGAGGAGCCUCGCCCGCUCACGCGCGCCGUUCCUCCGGCCUGGGGAGCGGGCGGUGGCGCGCAGCAACAGCAGCAGCAGGCGCAGGGGUCGUCGCGUGCGUAUGCGCACGUGGGCAGCCGCCUGCACGAAGAGACGGUGAGUACCAUCGCCAAGAAGCGACUCAACGGCGGCGACUCCGAGCGCGGCGCCGCCAACCUGACGCGGCUACCCACGCCGCCGCUGCUGACCGCGCCCGCGGCGCCCAUCGGCAUGCUACUGCCGCCGCGCAACGACGUGCCUGGGCCCAUCACCAAUCUGCAGGUGGAGCGGCAGACAGGUGGCAUGACCACCCUGUCGGACGGUCAUACCGUGCGUGUCUUCCCGGCGGCAGACCAGGCGCCCGUACACGGCGUGUGGCCGCACGCGCCCGCCGGCAGUGUGCCUGGUGCCGCCGGUGCUACCGUGAACCAAUCGGAGCAAAUGCGACGACGUGGGGAGGAAUGGACCGAGCCCCUGCCGCCGUAUGUUCCCUCGGCGCCGGGGGCACUCACGACUCCAGUGCCUACCAGCAACGCGGCACAGGAGCUAGCGGCACUCCUACAGCAGCAGCAAGCUGGGCUGGGGGCCGCGCUGCUGCCGGCGGCCAAGCAAGGCAAGAUCGUCCGCUUCGAGCGCAUGACCCCUCCGCCUCCCGGGCAAAAGGGCCCCUUGGUGCUGAUGGCAGGCGACGGCGAGGGCGCUGCCGCGACGGGCGCUCUGGAGGCGACGUUUGCGCCACAGCUAGCAGGCAGCACGGGAGGGGCAGCGCCGCUGCCUCAGGAGGUUGCAGGCGGGCCCGUUGCGUACAUCCAGUUGCCUUCGCCGGUCAAGGUUAGCAUUCGCCUCCCGGGCCAUUAAAGUAGGACAGACGUGGAUUGGCAUACGGGCCUAAGGAUGCGUUUGUUGCGGUGUAUGACUGUCAGCAUCAGGGGAGGCUUUGCAUUGCAUGGGGUGAGGCAGCUGUGGAUGUUUAAAUCUGCUGGUGGUCGCUUCGCCAGAGAGGUCAUCUGCCUUGUGUAAACACUGUACAAA